AUGACGGGCUCGAGGGCUCUGCUGCGAUGGAGCUCCUCGAGCAGCGACGACGACGAGCUGAUCGCCAACAACCCGCUCUUUCCCGCCCUCGCCCCGAGGCACCCGCUGGCGUCGCUGGGGGCGACCUCGGCGCUGACGCUGGCGUCAACCGUCGAUGCCCGCGGCCUCUUUGGCGACCACGCCGCCCCCCAAACUUCCCCUGCCGAGCUCGACCCUACCGUGCUCGAGCUGAUGGCCGACGCCAUCGCUGGCGGCGCCGCGCUUCCCAACGGCGGCGACCACCGGUUCAAGUACUUGCGCUGGUACCAGCACUACGCCCAGACCACCGCCACACAAACCUCAAACGACGAUGCCCUGGUGUUCCACUUGCGCCAUCUCGACGACUACCACCGCUACGUGCGCCAGACCGAGCUCAACGCAUGGAUUGGCAACCAGAUGCCCUCGGACAAGCUGAAGGUGUUGACCACCACUGAGGGCAUACCCGACCACUUCUGCCGCACCGAGGAACCCCCCACAAGGCCGCCGCCCACCUACCGCACCUACAGCAAGAAGCUGGCGCUGUUUGUCGGCACCGACGACUUCACCAGCGGCGGCGACACCCCUUACAGCGUCAAGAGCGACGCCGACGCCGCCAGCGGGCUGGCGCCGCUGGUGUACCUCCAGCGGCGGCUUAAAAUCCGCCACUUACAGAUGAUCUCGUUCGGCGGCACUUUGGGAGUGGGGCUUUUCCUCAACUCGGGCAAGGCGAUCAACAUCGCCGGCGGCUUCGGCGCCUUUCUCGCGUUUCUGAUAUGCGGUUUAAUCGUCAUCGCCACCCUUGUCCUGUUCUGCGAGAUGGUGACGCUCGUGCUGGUGGUGGACGGGGUGCUGGGCCUCCUGCUGCGGUUCAUCGACGACGCGUUUGGCUUUGCCGUCGGCUGGCUCUACUUCCUCAGUUUCGCAGUGGGACUCGCCGGCGAGACCGUCGCCUGCGUCAUCUUGCUCAGCUACUACCCCUGGCUCCACAUCCAUGACAACGCCGGCAGCGCCGCCGGGUUCGUCACGCUUUUCCUCCUCGUGACGGUGGCGGCAAACUUGAUGGACGUCCGGGUGUUUGGCGAGAUCGAGUACAUUUCGCUGUUUAUCAAGCUCCUCUGCGCCCUCGGGCUCAUCAUCCUCAUGAUCGUCAUCAACGUUGGCGGCAUGGGGGGCAGCUACAUCGGCUUCCGCUACUGGGACCACGCCCAGCUGGACUAUGCCCACAACUUGAUCUACGGCCUCUUCCGCCCCACGUUCAACUUGUUUGACGACGGGAGCAACGUCCACGACGGCGUCGGCGGCGCCCGCGGCCGGUUCAUGGCGUUUAUCGUCGCCCUUUUGGUGACGCUGUUCGCGUACCUGGGAACCGAGAUCGUGUGCAUCGCCGCCUGCGAGGCCCAGAACCCCCGUAAAGCCCUCCCCUCGGCCACUAAACGCGUGUUCUUGCGCAUCAUCAUCUUCUACGUCCUUGCGGUGUUCGUGGUGUCGCUCAACAUCUACGCCGGCGACCCCCGGUUGCUCCGCUACUACCUGGGCGAGCCCGGGGUCAGCGACAGCGACUUGGCCACCAACCCCAUCAUCGAGCACUUGGGGGGCAACCACUGCGGCCCCCAGGCCAACGUGUUUGCCGGGUUUCCCCUGGGGUCCCAGCUGCCGUGGAACAUCGCCUUGCAGACGGUCAACCAGUGCACCGCUGGCGGCAUCGUCAACGGCUUUCUCGUCUUUUUUGCCGUCAGCUGCGGCAACUCCCAGAUCUACGUGCUGAGCCGCACCGUGUACUCGCUCGCCCUCCAGGGGAAGGCGCCCAAGAUGUUGGGGUGGGUCAACCGCUACGGCAUCCCCUACGUCGCCGUGUUGUUCCUGCUGAGCUUCGGCCUCUUGUCGUACAUCUGUGUCAGCGAGAAGGCGACGACGGUGUUUCAAAACCUCACCCUGAUCAUCCUGCUGCUGGGGAUCAUGGUGUGGUUCGCCAUGUGCUUGCUGUACAUACGCUUCUACUACGGGCUCAAACGGCGCCCCGACAUCAUCGCCCGCGACGACAAGGAGUACCCUUACAAGCUGCCGUUCCAGCCGUACACGGCGAUCUUCGGCAUGGUGGGGCUGGCGCUCAUUCUCCUCGCCAUGGGGUACGUCGUGUUCUUGGGGGGCACCUGGGACACGUGGUUCUUCUUCUCGCUGUACGGGCUGUUGUUUGCCUUCGCCGUCCUCUACCUCGGCUACAAGGUGAUCAAGCGGUCCCACAUCCCCGCCCUCGAACGGCUCGACUUCGACACCGGGCGCACCGAGAUGGACCGCUACAUCUGGGAUAAAGGCCGCGAGUACAACGGGCGCAGCUUCAAGGACACCUGUCGUCGGUUCGCCAACUGGAUUGCCUGA